UUUCUCUCUUGGCGUGCGGGAAACUGUAUCCAGCGGCGUCUGCUCGUUCGGAGGCUGUCUUCUACCACCCGCGAGCUGGUUGUGUUGGCCGUGGUGAAUCCAUCAUCGUCAACUUGCCGCCCGUCUGCUUCACCUGCUGCAGUGAAUCCCCGCUGUGACGACAACCUACGGACCAGCUUUCAGUUUCCAUUCACGUUGAAUGACCGCGGGUUCACAAACUGGAUCAUCCGGACCCGAGGAUUGUGUGUUUAUAAUCGGCUACACUACUAACUUUAUGCGACGAGCUCAUCGCGGCCUCAGUGAUCCUUUACUGUGAGCUCAUUAGAGCCUACUCAUGUCGUCUCCGCCGAGGUCAGGCAAGACUGCCCCGCGUCUUGUGCAAGAUAUCCAUGACUACGAUCCGGCUCAUCCUCCAGGCUCCGGCCGCAACCUGCUAUCAGAUGUACCCCCGGUCUUCCCGGACCACUAUACUGGACCACUAGAAUCCAUAUCGCCCUCAGCGUGUCGCCAUACCUAUGUGACGAAGCCGAACCAAAGCUUUUUGCCCCAACCAGAGAAGAGGAGCAGCUCAGGCAACCCCACCAAGGUAUCGGCGAUAUGCUCCCAAUGCCGGCACCACCUGCAGGUGGUCGUGACCUCGACACCUGGGAUUGGAAGCCAAACCUUGCCAGGACAUAUACACCACCUGGUAUAUAAAUCAGGAAGACAAAGAGGGGGUGCUUCGGCCGAGGAAAUCACACCCAAGGGCCAGACUGCGGAGACGUUCCAUUAUGAUUGCUCCUACCUCACUUGCCCAGUAGUGGUGUCAGUACGGAUUGUCUCCCCCGUGCUUCAUCAUGACUGGGUGCAGCUCUUGACAAAUCCGGAACUGCUGCGAGAACGAGCGGAUGAGGCACUUGCGACACAUCCCGAGCGCCUGGAAGGAAUAGCCCGGCCGCAGCCCAUUAAUGUCCUGGAAAACCUGCGCACAUACAUCGGCAAUACCUUCCUCACUAGUCAGCAAGGUAAAUCCAUAUCCGCGAUCAACAAGAGGUUCAUGGCUUGUUUCGGUGUUGAAGGGAAGCCUUGCAAAGAUCUUCUGGAGUUUCUAGGAUUCACGGUCAAGAACGAGGGAUUCUGGGACCCUCCGCGCCCCAACCCCUGGGCGGAACAUCCCUACCAGGAUCAGCUUAAAAUCUUUCUUGAUGAUGUUUUGCAUGAGCUUUCCGCACUCAUCGAGCAACGACCCGUGCUGGAAAAGAAGGGUCACCAGCUUGAGUAUCCUUAUCAUCCAGCACGAGAUGACCUCUUAUAUGCUCUAGAGGCACAGGACUACCAGAAGGCCUUGGGUCUCGACGAAUUUCAAAUGCCACCUGCGCCGUAUUAUGAAGAUCUCGGGGUGGUUGAAGAUAUGUCCUCCCAGUUGAUUAUUGAGGCAUUCAAUCGACAGGUCGCAGUAGACCCUGCGCGUAUGCCCACAUAUUUCAAAUGUCUCAAGGCGAUUGGAAGCCUCAGAGCUGGCUCUGAACGUGAUGCUAUUGACCAGGCUGUCCAAGUAGCCUAUGCCGAUGGCAAAUACACCGACGACGAUGUGGUCGAUGCUUACAAGUACUUCGGGUUGACCCACGACGAUCUGCGGCUUACGGAGGACAGUAUCAUCGGGACGUUCCAUGCCUACUUGAGCUCCACUACCCAGGAAAUAGAAUCCCGCAGGCAAUUGUGGAGGAUAGGUGACAGCAGGCGUAGCGAGCGUAUCAAAUCAGCCGCCGAAGACAGAGUGGCAACUGUGGAACAGGCUCAAGUGUACCUUGGUGUCAGCGAUGGAACAAGUGACGAUUUUAUAAUGGCCAUGUACACUGCCAAGGUCAAUGAUAGCCCGUCAAGCCGAGACCUUGCACGGCGUGCUGUUGAACUGAUUGCCGAAGCGCGAAAAUCGCAGGCUCUCCGACACUUCGUCAAGACAGGCGAGAUGACAAGCGGUGAGAUGGACAUUGGUGACGCCUACCGUCUUCUCCAGAUACCCGAUCGCACAGUAGACGAAGCCGCCAUCAUGGCGGCCUAUACAAUCUGUGUCGACGAAGCUCCAGCACAGGCUGAAACGUACAACCAAGCUUUACGUAUCAUAGCCAAGGACAAGAAUAGCCCUCUGCUGAGCAGUAUGGUCUCAGGUGGUGAUACAAAGCCGGACCGUAAUAUGUCGGAAUGGCCCGUGGGACUCCAAAACAUCGGAAACACCUGUUACCUCAAUAGCCUGUUGCAAUUCUACUUUUCCGUGCGCCCAUAUAGGGAGAUGGUCUUGGAUUUUGAGAGUUUCAAGAUGGAGUUGAGCGACGAGGGUCUGGGUCGGAAGCAGGUGGGAUCCCGCAAAGUCUCCCAAAAGGAGGUAGAACGCUCUCAAAGGUUUCUUAGGGAAUUACGGACGUUGUUCUCCGACAUGAUCACCUCUUCCUCUUCCUAUGUCACCCCUGGCCAGGAGCUAGCACGAUUAACCCUGAUAAGUCCUUCAAAUGAAGCAGCGAUCCGUCGUCGGUCGACAAUUUCAGCGUACAGACCUGCAGGUGCCCUCGGUGAAAUCAACGGCAUGCCGGUCUUAGGUCCUCUUGGACCCCCGCAGCUGAUACCAGAGAAGGAGACAGAGAACCAGACGGCUACCGAAGGCGAGGCAUUCAAACGCUCAGCGAUCAGUGAUGUGGACAGUGAGGCUACUCUUGUCUCCGACGGUGUCAAGAACGAUGUCAAACCUGCCCAGUCUGACGAUAAGGAGAACGAACCUCCGGGUGACUCUGAAAUGCAGGAUGUGCAGGAUGAACCGAGCUCUGAGCAGGUGCCGUCUUCUGACACCACAUCCAUAGACCCAGUUGAACCAUCCAGCCGACCACCGCCGGUGCCUCCGCGACCGACCCCGCAAGUUGAUGCCCAGAAGCAGCUUAUAGAAGAAGUCGAGAUUGGGGCCCAGCAGGAUGUGACGGAGGUAAUCAACAACGUACUGUUUCAGAGUCAAUGUGCUAUCCGGCCCAUUGCGCAUUCUCCGGAAGGCGAGCAGAUUGACCAAGUCAAGGAUCUGUUUUACGGCCGGACCCGAUCUUAUAUUGCCUCGGAAAAGGGUGUGCGGUCUAAGGAAGAGUGGUGGGCUGACAUCAAGAUCGAUGUGGCAACUGGUCCUCGUGACAUAUAUGCAGCAAUUGACGGUGCUUUUGACGUCCAGAAGGUAAACGUCGAGAACUCGGUGGCUGAGCAGUAUGGCGCUAUUAGCAAGCUUCCACCGGUGCUGCAGAUACAGGUUCAGCGAGUCCAGUUUGAUCCCGUGACGAAGCGCUCUUUCAAAUCUACCCACCAUCUUGGACUGCAGGAAACCAUUUAUCUCGAUCGGUACAUGGACACCCAGCAGCCCGAAUUUCUGGAACGGCGACAGCAGUCUUGGCAGUGGAAAAGCACGCUCCGAGAGCUUGAGGCGCGCCGUGCGGAGUUGUUGCGCCAGUCGGAAUCCGACGGCAUGGAUACGGCGGCGCUACUCACUAGCGCAAAGGGGGUACUUGAGGACCUGAUCUCAAUGAAAGAAGAGCCAGAAUCUGCAGAAGACGCUGUCGAUGUUGACCCUCAAACGGUAGCUGAGCUCGAUCAGCUCUCCCAGAUAGCCAAGGCUGACUUGACCUAUGUCGAAGAUCAAAUCAAGGAAACUAGGGCCAUGAUUUCCAAUCAGUUUGCCGACUACAAGCAUCUGGCGUAUCGGCUGUACGCCGUAUUCGUUCACCACGGGUCGGUCUCGUUCGGGCAUUACUACAUCUAUAUCUUUGACUUCGCGCGGAAAGUUUGGAGGAAAUACAAUGACAACUAUGUCACGGAGGUGAACGACCUGGAUGAAAUUUUCAAGGACGAGGGACAGCAAAACCCGCCGACGCCUUACUUCCUGGUGUAUGUCAAUGACGCUUUGAAGGAUCGACUAGUCAACCCGGUCUGUAGGGAGAUACUUGAAGCCCCUCCGGCGACUACUACCGAAGAGCCAAGCAUGAACCCCCCGGCGUAUGACGAGAUCUGGGGUGAAAGGAGUGAAUCAGCCAGGCAAAUGGGUGAAUGGCAAGCGAGCACAAACACUGACUUGGAAAACGUGGAGUGGUAGGUUCAGGGGUCAAGCCGCCGGACCGACACUCGCCGUUGAAUCCGCUCAAACGCAAAGGGCUUGCAUGAUGGGGGCUGAUCACUGAAUAUGACCGGGCUCGGAAGGAGCACGCCUUUCUGAUUGCUUCCAUAUACCUGUGGCGACAUAACAGUGCAUCGUGGAUGAAGGAUCGCCUAGCGGAGACUAGAGCCGAAAGAUAUGGCAGCCGAUCUCCCUUGACGGCGACGCUGCGAGGAUAUGCUUAGACCUUGCGGCCAUGUUGAUAUUACGAUUUGAUUCAGCGUUUGUCUAUUCGGGCGACGAUAUACCUUUGUGCAUGCUAGCGGAGAUGUUGUCAUGAUUUCCUGUAAAUAGCAGGGGAUGCCCUUCAUCAUGACCUUGACGAUGUACAAUGCCA